AUGGAGGGGUUCCUGGACGGGUACAUGGAGAGCUGUAUAAAAGCGUAUCUGGAGAGGUACAUGGAGGGGUACAUGGAGGGGUUCCUGGACGGGUACAUGGAGAGCUGUAUAAAAGCGUAUCUGGAGAGGUACAUGGAGGGGUACAUGGAUGGAUAUUUAGAAGGGUAUCUGGAGGGGUACAUGGAGGGGUACAUGCAAGGGUACAUGGAGGGGUUCCUGGACGGGUACAUGGAGAGCUGUAUAAAAGCGUAUCUGGAGAGGUACAUGGAGGGGUACAUGGAUGGAUAUAUAGAAGGGUAUCUGGAGGGCUCUAUGGAGGGGUAA